AUGGGAUUAGUCGCCGCCGCCGUUCCAGUUUUCGACGCCCUCGCCCCCGUUCGCCUAUUGCCCUUCUCGCCCAUCGCCCUCCUCUGCUCAGCUGCUCCUGCCCAGGACCCAGGUCUGCUUCUCGCCUUCUCCUCAUCUCCUGGCUCGGCAACAGCUAUGAAGAGAAAAGCAGGGCCAAACACCAUUAAGAUUAAUGCUUUUUUUAAGCGGGUUGCUUCAAGUUCUCAACCUACUGAAAUUGUUGGUGAGGCGGGUGUGCAAGUUACAAAUCCGAGUCCAGUUAACGCUUCUGAUCAGGAUAUGCCGGACGUGGUAAAUGUUGCAGAACAAGCAGAAGUUAUAACCACACCUUAUCAGAGAGAUCCUGAUCUCAAGACCAGUAUGGCUCAUAUCGACAAUGUGAUGGAAAAGAGAAAUGAGAAGGUAGCUACUGCUGCGAGAUUGAGGCUUAAGACUACCAUCGAAGCCAUGAGGUGGUUGAUAUUCCAAGCUUGUUCUUUUAGAGGUCAUGAUGAAUCUGCGGGGUCUAAGAACCAAGGAAAUUUUCUUGAAAUGGUUAAGAUUCUCGCUUUGUACAAUAAGGAUGUCGCGGGAGUUGUUCUGGAAAAUGCUCUAGAAGUGCAGAAAGCAAUUAGAGAAGAAAUAGGUAAUGCGAAGUUCUGCAUAAUGGUUGAUGAAGCUCGGGAUGAAUCAAGAAAAGAACAAAUGGCAGUUGUUCUUCGGUUUGCCAACAAAGAAGCAGAAAUAAUUGAGAGUUUCCUUGAUCUAGUUCAUGUUAAUGACACUGCUGCCUUAACUUUGAAAAAUGCAAUAUGUACUGUACUGUCAAAUAAUAACUUGAAUGUACAAGACAUCAGGGGCCAAGCAUAUGACGGUGCAAGUAAUAUGAGAGGGGAGUGGAAUGGACUGAAGGCUCUUAUUCUCCGUGAGUGUCCAUAUGCCUACUAUAUUCAUUGUAUGGCUCAUCAAUUACAAUUGGCGCUUGUUGCUGCAUCACGAGAGGUACAUGAGGUACAUAACUUUUUUCAGAAUGCAAAUUUUGUAAUAAAUGUUGUUAGUGCUUCUACAAAGCGCAGCGAUGAGCUACUAGCAAACCAAGCGGAGGAAAUUGCUCGUGAAAUUGAGUUGGGAGAGCUUGAUACAGGCAGAGGGCAAAACCAAAUAGGAACCUUACAGAGACCAGGAGACACAAGAUGGAGUUCACACUAUAAGUCCAUACAGAGCUUAAAGAAGAUGUUUGCUGCUACAGUUGCCGUCUUAAGAGGUAUAGCAAGUGAUCGUUCAGUCUCAAAAUAUUCUCGUGGAGAUGCCGUUGGAUCCCUUAAAAUUGUCAUAUCAUUUGAUUUCGUGUUCAUUCUACAUCUGAUGGAAAAGAUUAUGAAGAUCACUGAUGUGUUGUGUCAGAAACUCCAAUACAAAUCUUUGGAUAUUUUAAAUGCCAUAGAUUCUGUUUCUAACACAAAGGUCCUACUUGGUGAGCUAAGGGAACAUGGUUGGGACUCUCUUUUAGAGGAGGUCAAAUCUUUUUGUGUGAAGCACGAGAUUGAUAUCCCAGAUUUGGACCGCAAGUAUGUUGAUGUUACCAAAUCUCGAAAUAAGCAUGACAACACAACAACGCUCCACCACUACAAAGUCGAUGUUUUCAGUGUUGCAAUUGAUCAACAACUGAGUGAACUGAAUGAUCGAUUCAGUACACAAGCAACUGAGCUCCUUACUCUCUGUUCAUCAUUGGAUCCAAGGCAUGAAUCUUUUGAUAUCCCAAAGAUAAGCACUCUUGCAGAAAAAUUCUAUCCUGCUGAUUUUUCAAGUCAAGAAUUAGCUCAGUUGGAAAGUCAGCUACCUCAUUUUCAGCUAGAUGUGUGCAACCAUCUAGAACUGAUGACUUUGCCAUCUAUUGCUUGUUUAACAAAAGGGCUAGUUAAAACCGGAAAAGCUUCUUCAUAUCCAAUGGUUGACAGGUUGCUGUGA